GGAGACUGGGGAGCUGGGACACGACUGCAGUUAUAAGAGAAAUCUGGCCAGAGAUAAAAACUGCAGGACGAACAAACCUCCCUUCACUGACACUUGGAUCAAAAGUAUCGUGCCUACACCACCCCACCAGCCUCCCCCUCUCUGCAAGGGAGAAGGGAUUACUGUCCUGGAGAGAUUACAGAAUAGAAAGAGGGUAUUUUUGAGAAGUCAUCGGGAUAUCCACAUCACAUCGCCAUAGUGGCCCGGAGCACCUGCCACUUCACUGAAUGAGCAAUCUUUUCAGCUGUGAAAUGGAACAACUCAGCAUGGGUCAGCCAAACUAACUGCUUUGUGGACUUUGAAAAGAAGACCAAGUUUGUAAUUUUUUGUUGACGCUUGUCAGAGCAUAAUGUGAGGAUUAUUGGAUCAUUCUGUAUCACAACCUCUGCAUCACUUUUUGCUCUUUAAAUUUUUUGAGGGUCAUUUUAGCUGGGAACUUAUAUGAGAAAAUCCUUGAAUACCCUCCAGCUCAUCCAAGCUAAAAGGGAAAAAGGGUUGACUACAGGAGUGAGAGGCUAGAGGUCUUAUACUGUAGGUGUCUGACAGAAAUGAUCAGAGCUCAACUGGUUGAAGAAGAGGAAGGGGCCUACAGAAGACUUACACAGUGUUACAGAGCUUCCAGAGCUGGCUCCACGGCAGAUGUCACCAUGCCUUAUCACCUGGAGGAAGAGGACCUCAACCAGCCUGUAUGGCAGUCUGUACUCUUCUUCUGCUGCAAGGGGAUGAUCGAGGGUGUUGUGGUCCUCCUCUUCAUCUGGCUGCUCAUACAGGUCCUGUUCACCAAGAACCUGGAAGUCCACCUGCAGAUUCUGCUGGCAGUGGGUCUGGGAGUGUUCUGCUUCUGCCUGGUGCUGGGCUGUCUACUGUGUUGGCGGAGAGGGAAGUAUCAUCCACCAGAGGACAAAGAGGCUGCACUGUCCCCUUCCUCAGCCACAUGUGAACGGGUCACCGUGACCCUGACCCCGUCCUCUGGCACCUUACCCAUCAAGCAGCAGUAUGAGGAGCUAGACGGGGAUGUCCUGGACCUCCCCUCCCACAAUAGCAGCUCCUCCCCCUCUGAGAAUGACCUCACCACCCUGCCCUUUGAACCUCGCCCCCGGUCAUCCUCCUCCGAGCUGAGGUCCUCCCCCAGGUCCUGCUUCCCCAUGCGUCGCCUCAGCACCCCGGUUGUGUCCUCCUCCUCCCACUACAAGCCUUCAGGCCAUGGCCGCGCCUCCCUGCCCUCCAUCCCCAAACUGGGCCUAGUCUCCAAGACCCGUCGGGCGCUGGAACGCCGCUGCUCCGUCAACGGUGACAAUUUUCUGUACAGCGAACAGAGCCGCCUGACCAGCCCUGGCAGUGCCAUGCACCCUCCUGGCCCUCAGGGGGAGCUGUCCCAGCCACAAUAUGGCUCCAGCUCCUGCUCCCUAUCCAUCCCCACCAAGCCUGCUCCUCUACUACACUUCUCCCUACUCUUCUCCCCGGCACGGGGCACUCUGACCACCAACAUCAUGGGCCUGUCAGGGGCGGCACGGCGGCGCAGUGGGGUGUUCGUACGAGCCAGCCUGCCCCCGCUCUGCCCCUCACCCCAGCAGGGGGCGUCUCGACGGUCCAGCCUCAGCCCAGAGAUACAGUGCCAGAGCUUUGUGCUACAGGUGGGCUCCGUGGAAGAGCUCCGCGCCUGCACCCUCUGGCUGGCUGUGUUCAGCAGGGACUUUUCAGGCCUGAGAGAGACAGCGCUGGGGGAGCUGGAGAUGCCUUGUGGGGAGAUGGACUGGGAGCCCGACACAACUGUCACCUACACCAGGGAGCUCACCCCCACCAGGAGUAGGCUGAAAAAGAGUAUGAGUUCCCAGGAGACGUUGGGUCGUAGGAAGAGUUCGCUCUGUGCUGCUCCACGGGCCCUGGGUCAGCUCUUCAUUCUGCUGCAGUACCAGACACUGGCCCACCGCAUCAAAGUGAUGAUCCGCAAGGCUGAGAAUCUGGCCAAACUCUCCCGGAUGCCAGGAGCAGCAGAUCACUAUGUAGUCAUCAACCUGCGUCAGGAUGGGAAGGUGAUCAGUACGAAGGAGACCAAAGGGGCGGGAGGACACAACGCUGUGUGGAACGCUCCCUUUCUCUUUGACCUGCCUGUUGGUGACAUCACUCAGCUGCCUCUUGCUCUGGAGUUCAUCAUCAUGCAGGGGCGGCUCUACACGAAGAGCAGCAUGCUGGGCCGUGUGUUGAUUGGCUGCGAGGCCCCAGAGGCAGGACAGGGACACUGGAGGGACAUGUGCAGUCAGGGACAGGUGGAGACAGCACACUGGCACCCCAUCACACCAGAAGUCUUUUAGGACUUUAUAGCAGGCCUCUACCUGUGUCAGGUUGUCAGGGCGUUGCUGGAGAGAGGACGGGGGAUAGAGGGCUUGCUAGACUAAUGGGACACACACAAAGGACAGACAGCAAAUGGACUAUCGGUGGUGGUACCUGUAAACAUAUUGUGAUGUCAUUGCAUUUAGACCUGUAGUACCUGAUGCUUACUGUUCCACACUGCCCUAACAGUGAGAUACAGGCCACAGGAUGGACUGCCACUACCGAUGUAUGAUACCAGUUGCAUGGAUUUGUGUUAUAUGUUGGUGCUGUUUGUAUCAUAGAGAAAAAUCGGUCAGUCCCGCACAUCUUUAAAGCUGGAAUCCUUAAUUGAAACUACAGCAAAGCGGCUGCCCCACCUGUGUUUUGUUAAAAAGCUGGGGGAUGAGCUUGGAGAAAGAUAAUCACUCUCAAAUUCAUAGGCAGGACUGAACAUCGAUGAUAUCAAAAUUAUAGUUUUAACCAUGUUUUGAGGCUGUACAGUGUUGUUUUACAUUUACAUAGUUUACAAACAUUGGAGUAAAACAAGCUUGUAUUAUGGGUUCUGAUGGAGUAGGACAGUUUAAAUAAGCUCAUGAGGCAAUUACAAGUUAUAUUUUUCAAGAAUCAAUGGAUGGGUAUACUGUAUCAUUAAUUCCAAAGUCCAAAGAUGGGUGUAGCAACUAAGGAUUCCAGCUUUAAUGACCUUUGUCUGAAUUUGUUCUACUGUCAAUGAUUCUUAAAUCAUGGCCAAAACACUUCUUGAGUCAUAGCCAAAACACUUCUUGAGUCAUAGCCAAAAUACUUCUAAUCUUGGUUUACUGUGACGUUCUGUGUCAGUAUUUGUCCUCAGCAUUGAUCUCUACUUGCUUUGUUUGUGUUGUGCUCUUGUGGUUCUUGUGGUCUGUGCUACUUGCAUGAUUGGGAUCUUUGCCAGACAUUAGCGUGAUUGAAAAAGUGAUCAUCAUGCGCUAUACUCAUGAAGACAGGAGUCUGAAAAGCCAUUUGCGUACAUCAAUCAGCCAUCAAUUGAUUACUGUAACUGUGUAGGCAUGCCUUUUAAGGGACUUGUAGUGUACACAUAAUGUCAUGGGACUUUCAUUUCUUUUAAUCAGCAUUGAUAAAUGGAAUGCCUGUCUUGUAUUGCUAAAAUUGCAUAUUUAUGCUUUUUAACAGUGAAAGCUCUCACAGUUGACAUGUGUCUCUGAAUUAAAGUGACGUGAUGAAGAUA